CCAAAGAUUGGAUGCUAGAAGCUGUCCGAUCGGACCAAUGUUGGACACUCAGAUUUGUGCAAAAGUGGGCUUUGAUUGAUCAUAGAAAGUGGCCCACACCAGUGAUCCAAUGUCCAAAGCUGACCAUACUCGGACCAUUCGUUCAACAUAAAAAGGGGCUCAAACUAGACAAUUGUUGGGGCAAUGAAACGUAUCAAAUCUGGGCCAUCACUUGAGAGUCUAGUACUGUCCAUAUCUGGACCCUGACUAACUGUCCCCAAUCAGGACCAAAAAUCAGAUGGCCAAAGGCUGCUCAAUUUGAUCCACGAUCGAACAUCCAGGGAAAGUCCAACCUGGGCUGUCAUUUUGACAUGCAAACAGCCCAAAAUCUGUCCACCAUUUUUAUGUUUUCAAAGUAUGAAAACUGUCCAGUCGUAGCAUGCAAUCUGUUCAGGAUUUUAUAUGUUAAAAGUAUGUAAAAUCUGUACACUAUUUUAGGUAUUCCAUCAUGCAAACCGUGACUCAAAAUGGGAGCAAGUUUGAAAACAAAGUCUCACAAUGCUAUGUACAGAAUAAGAAUCCUGGCUAUGUGACACUAGAAGGGAAAAUUUUCCAUUUUGUCAAAUAUUUGUACGAUAUCCACUAUUUUAUUUAAACUUUAAAGACCAAGGAGAAUCCAGCUAAUUGACCUUGAAUGAUCAAGUAUUCUCAUUAUCUUGCACAUUGCUUUGUUGGUUGGAUAUAAAGAGACCAGGAAAAACCAAAACAAAGGUGGGUUUUGAUAUCUCUUAUCAAGCAAUGCACAAUAAAGAAUGCAAAUGGAUAAAAAUUUAGGGGAUAGGAAAAGGGUAUAUGCUUAAGGAAACUUUGAAAUCAGGAAUAUUUGUAACAUUUGAAGUUUUAACUAGGAGAUAAUUUUGGCAUGUGCUGACAUCCAGAUCUUGGCAGAACAGGAAAAAAAAAAAAAAAAAAAACAGAAUAGAUUUAUUUUGGAUCGGUUGGUUUAUUUAUUCAAGAUGAAGUGGAAGUUUGUUUACUGAAAUAAAUGGUCUUCUCCUUUAGCUUACUCCAUUGAGAAACAAAUUCCAUGGUGGAUGAUACAAGUCAAAUUGGAUGUGGCUAGUCCUGCUCUAUUUGCGUUGUGGCUAACAGUGGGGUGUGUGUACUAACAUGCUAACCAAAAGAAAAAAAAGUCCUGCUCUAUUUGUUGUUGCCUCUUAUUAUUUAUAUCUUGAAAGGAUAUUGUCCUGGUUUCUCACCUUCCAUGAAGUUGUUGUUGCUGAUGUCAAAUGUUUUAGAAUUUUACUUUUUGGAUGCCAGUUCGGACUCCGCCCUGCGUAUUUCAUUCUGAUGAGAUUCUUUCUCCUUUGGCAGUCGAAACCAGUUAGUGUGGUCAUCGAUUUCACCAACCCAUCAAUGGUUUAUGACAAUGUGAAACAGGUUGAUGGAGACUCGUAUUGGUGGCAACUCUGUGGUUCCUUUGGGGAGAGGAAUGAUUAAUGCUUUUGUAAUAAAAUUAUUGUGGUUGCCGGGGUUCUAAGCAAAGUCAUUCAGCUCUUUAGGUAUUGGGUGCCUAAAAAAUGCAUAUUUCUGUGAUCAUGGUUGUUGGUGCUCAGUGGAGAUCUUUGUUACCUGGAAUAAUCAUGUACAAUUCAAAUAUACAGGAAGAAAGGACUGCAGCAAUCUCACUGGCCAGCAAAAUGGUUGAAUCUCUGAAGUUUCAGCCUGUUCAGGCUCGCAUCUUCGAAGGCAAGGAACCUAUUCAGUUCUUUUCUAUCUUUCAGAGCUUUAUGUUAUUUAAGGGUGGUGUUAGCUCUGGAUAUAAGAACUACAUGAAAGUGAUCCUCAAAGUUCUUGUGGAAUUGUUCAUUUCGAUCAUGGAUGCCUGCAUCUUUCUCAUCUUUCCAGCACUUAUGUUCUUUAUCAUUUAUAUUACAUUUUUCCUGUGGAUCAUUCAGAGUGUGGUAUAAGUCUAACGUGGGCUUGAUCUAUCCAAUGGAAUGCUUGUGCCUUUUUCCCUUCUGUAGUUUAUGCUCAUAUUUUCUUCAAUGAUGCAUCCCAUUUUAAGCAGAGAAUCAUUCUAGAGAUUUUU